UUACAGUGAGAUAUUUCCCGCAUACAGGAUGUGGCUCCCGCUGCUGGUGGUGUUAGGCCUGCUUCUCCUGUUCAGAUGGUACAGACAAAGGCAAAUCCUGGAAAAUCUUAGAGAUAAAUAUGUUUUUAUCACUGGCUGUGAUUCUGGAUUUGGAAACUUGUUGGCUAAGCAGUUGGACAAACGUGGAGUGAGGGUUCUGGCUGCCUGUCUGACAGAGACCGGGGCUGAGAGCCUGAAGAAAGAGUCCUCCAGCAGACUGCAGACAGUAAUACUGGAUGUUUCAGAUAGCCAGAAUGUUAAUUCUGCUGGUCAAUGGGUAUCUCAAAUUGUUGGAGAAAGAGGACUCUGGGGACUGGUGAAUAACGCUGGUAUUAGUGGUCCAGUGGCUCCAAAUGGAUGGCUGAAAAAGGAUGACUUUUUAAAACCUUUGAAUGUGAAUUUACUAGGGAUGAUUGAUGUAACUCUCACAUUACUACCUCUUAUAAAAAGAGCCCAUGGACGGAUUGUGAACGUCUCCAGUAUCCUUGGAAGAAUUGCACUAACUUCAGGUGGUUAUUCUAUAUCCAAGUACGGUGUGGAAGCAUUCUCUGACACCCUAAGACGGGAAGUUAUGGAUUUUGGCAUUAGGGUUUCUAUAGUUGAACCAGGAGGUUUCAAUACCGGUAUUAUUAACUUGUCCAUGCAUGAGAAGAAUAUAAGCGAAAAAUGGGAGGCUCUGCCAUCGGAGACCAAGAUGAGUUAUGGAGAAAAGUACAAAGAGAAAUAUAUACAGUAUUUGCGUAUGGCAAUUUCAUCUGGCUCUUCCAAGAUCUUCAAGGUGACAAACUGUAUGGAGCAUGCACUGACUGCUUAUUACCCAUGGACAAGAUACUCUGCGGGAUGGGAUGCCAAGUUAUUAUUUAUCCCACUUUCUUACAUUCCAACAUUCAUUGCUGAUCGAGUAGCAAGGAGGAAUUUACCAAGACCAACUUAG